GGCGUGGAUCGCCCUGAACCACCACCGGGUGCCUUACGAGAAGAUUGAGGCCCUCACGCUGAAGAUCCCGCCGGGGCAGACGCUUGCCGACGCCACGGGCUACGAGAAGCACCCCCUUGUGCUCAGGCACCACCCCUCGGGCCUGGUGCCCACCAUCGUGGACGCCGGCGAGUCGCGGCCAGCGGUCUACGACUCGCUCGUGUGCGUUAGGGGUUCGUGGACGACCUCGCCGCCGCGGGCGGGGCGCCCGGCGGCGAGGCGCUGCUGCCGGCCGACCCGGUGCAGCGCGCGCACGCGCGGAUCUGGUCGGAGUGGGCCGACAAGACCACAUCCCCGGCGCGUUCUACAACAUCCUCGUGCCUCGGGAGGCCGAGAGGCGGGCGGAGGGCUUCGCCAAGCUCAGGCAGGGCCUGCGGAAGUUCCAGGAGUCCCUGAAGGGCCCGUUCUUCUACGGGGAUUCCCUGUCGAUCGUCGACAUCGCCGUCUUCCCGUGGUGCUUCAGGACCUUCACGUGCGGCAUCGUGGAGCUGUACCGCGGCCCCGAGUUCGCCCUGUCGAGGGACGAGUUCGCCCCCCUCCUCGGGUGGCUGGACAGGUGCCUGGCGCUGGACAGCGUCAAGGCCACCCUCCCGGAGAAGCAGGCGCUCAUCGACACCUACAAGCGCUACGCCGACGGCACGGCGAAGUCCAAGGUGGCAGACGCCGUCCGCGCGGGGAAGAACGCCCACGAGCACGAGUGAGGUGUGCGGGCCUCUGCCUCCUCACCGGCACGGGCCUCGGACCGCCCCCCCCUUCCUCGUCCUCGGCCUCUUUCUCCUCUCCUCCAUGUUGGGCCGUCUUGCGGAGAGCAAGCAAUCAUUACGAAGCACAAAGCCGAAGCAAUGGAUGCUCGGGGCGGACUGUGCGAUACAUUGGAAUUGUCUUCUGGGAGGUGCAAGCACGUUCUCACCAAAGUUGUGGGACAUCUCAGCCGUGA